AUUAUUGUAAUUAUUUGUUUACAUUGGUAAUUCAUUACAAAUGCAAUGUCGUUAUUAAAAGGAUAAUACUGAACAAUAAUUAGGAUUAUUACUUAAGAUGAGGAAUAGAAAGAGGACGAAUUGGAAAAGUAGAAAUUGUUUAAUGAAACUGCAGUUUCUCGAUCUUAAAUAAGAUUAUUUCUUGCGGUCUUGAUGUGGCUUUGAACUAAGGAUAGAUAGAUGACAAACUGUUUGCAUGUGUACGUGUGUGUGUUUAUGUGACAGUGUAUCGAUCAAAUUUAUUAUUUAUAGAUAUUAUAAUACUAAUAAACCGAUUUAUUCGUUUGUUGCAUGAUAAAAUUGCGCCGCGAGCUUUUGUCGCUCAGUCUGUGCAUGGCUUUAAGAUUUUCUUAAACAACUGACUGUCUGCACAUGCUCGAUAGGUACAUAUCUAACACAGGACAAGAAAUUGCACGCAUGCUCGUCUUUAAAAAGUGAAAGUGUCCUUGAGUCAGUUGUGUCGGUGAGCUUUCGGGUAAUGGUUUUCGCACGGAAUAUUUAAUUGUGAAUUUAAAUACGUUAAUAACAAAAUCGGCGUUUUUGCAAUGGUGACUUUAAUAAAGAGUGGUAGUGAAAAUAUAGUGUUUUGGAUGCAAAACUUUAUCUAUCACAAGUGUUCGGUAUGGAAUUUGGACGAGAAAGAUGUAAAUUUUAAUGGCAAACGACUGGUAAUAAGAAAGCCAAAUGAUUUGAAAUAUGCAGGAUCAGGAAAACUCUACUGACUUUGAAAGCCUCUCUUCAGUUUCAUCUUCGAAGAAUCAAACCACUCCCAUCUUUUCUAUUGGAUUAGAAUUCAUAACGCAAUGGAGACUUCAGAGGCAACGCGAACGCCUGUGUCGAGAAGUUUACAAGGAUUGGACCUUCGAAGACUGCAUCCAAAACCUCAACAUCUCAAUAUCAUGGCCUUUCUACACGGACAAAAUCGAAACGUGGACCGAAAAUAGUUCGAUCGAAAACGAGACCAUCACUUUCUCGGUAUCCACAGACGAUGGUUUCACACCUGUUCUUCCACCCUUCGAACUGUGGCAGACCAUCAUAAUUUCCAUAUGCUUGGGGAUAUGCAUCAUCCUCACAAUAUCUGGAAACGUGUUGGUUCUUCUUGCCUUUCUCGUUGAUCAAAAUAUCCGACAACCUAGCAACUACUUCAUCGCAUCCUUGGCUGCAACAGAUAUGCUUAUUGGAACGAUUUCGAUGCCAUUUUACACGGUUUACGUUUUAAUGGGGUAUUGGGAUUUGGGACCACUAUUGUGCGACCUUUGGCUGUCAGUAGAUUAUACGGUUUGUCUCGUUUCUCAAUAUACCGUGCUCCUCAUUACCAUCGAUCGGUUUUGUUCUGUGAAAAUUCCCGCUAAAUAUCGAAGUUGGAGAACGAAACCAAAAGUCAUUUGGAUGGUUACAAUAACAUGGAUCAUUCCCGCUCUUCUCUUCUUCAUCAGCAUCUUCGGGUGGGAACAUUUCGUUGGGUACAGGGACCUUUUACCGGGUCAAUGUGCAGUUCAGUUCCUCAAGGAUCCCAUUUUUAACACGGCACUCAUCAUCGGAUAUUACUGGACGACUCUGGUGGUACUGUUCAUACUCUAUGGGGGUAUUUACAAGACGGCGUACGACAUGCAGAAAAAGAGCGAGGCGAAACAAAGGAAGAUGCAUUCCAUGGUGGCUCUCAGUGCGGGGGCGAUGACCGGCAUGGCUGGAAGAGCAGCCGGUAUCGGUUUGUCUAAAACUCAAAGUACUCUUUUGAGCCAGGACAAAGUCCAAACAAACUUGACUCCAAAUACUAACAAAGUUCCAUUAGAUACUCUUACAAGUAACACUUUAACGGUAAAGGAUAAUCAGCCUGGUGGUGGUGGUGGUGGUGGUACUUCUGGUGAAUCUAGUUCAAGUCAAAAAACUAGCAGUCAAAGAAGUAACACCACAAUAACCACGACGAUAGCAACAGCCGACAUGACUACGGAAAGACGAGCAUUCAUCAUACCUCCCACGCAUGUUACUGCAGAAGAAAAAUUCGAAAGAUCCAGUAGCCCCGCGUUCGAUUCGGAUGAGGAUUGUCCUUCCACUCCUUGUCUGCAAGAUUUGUCCAAGAAACGGGCUUCUGUGGUUGGAAUUCUCGUCAAAUCCAGCGUCCCGCCAGUAAACGCUGUUAAUAGAACAUACAAAAUAAACGGGUCGCUCUUCCCUGAACAAAUGGAUAAUACUGAAAGACGAAAAUUAUCUCCAGAUACUGCCCAGUCGCUUCCACAAAUCGAAGAGAACAAUUCGGGUACAAACAGUUUGCAAUCUUGCGCAGCUAACGUGAACGUUUACUCUCCUGAGUUCUCCUUAAAAUCCCAAAGCAUCAUAACGCCCCCAUCGAAAUUCCAAGACAGCAGCGCGUCGCCUUGCAGCACCCUUAAUUUAAAAAACCAAACCUUAACUAAAACACAUAGGACAUGUGAUGUACUAUUAGGAUUAGAUAACGCCGAUCUGAGAUUCAUGGAUGAAAGUUCUGUAGCAGUUUCCUCUGUCGCUUACGAAUCACCACCAUCCAGUAUAAUUCAGGAAUCGUCAUCGAUCAAGUCCAGCGUCCAAGCGUCCUCCAAACAAGUCACCCCUUUACCAAUAUGUAAACUGAACAAGACGGACACUGAGAUUAUCCUGACGCAGGACAAAACAGUUGUAAAUAGUGUGGUAGUCGUAGAAAAAGUUAGUCAGAGGGAAGAGACUGUGGGUUCGGAUGAAAAAACGUCUGGAACCGCGUCUAGUCCCAGUGCCAUUGUGACAACUAAAGUUGAAUUGAACAGAAACCAAACCAGUACCAGAACCAUAAUCGAUGGUUGUAAUUCGAAUAAAAGAAGUUUCGUCAAAAGCUUCGGGAAGCGCUUAAAACUGGGAACGAAGAGAAAGGAGCAAUUCGGACGCCAGAAAUCGAAAUCGGAAAACCGAGCUAGAAAAGCAUUGAGGACAAUCUCUUUUAUAUUGGGUGCUUUCGUGGUUUGUUGGACGCCGUAUCAUAUUCUAGCCCUAGUCGAGGGUUUUUGUUCCGAACCACCAUGCACCAACGAACAUUUAUUCAUGUUCUCUUAUUUUUUAUGUUACGCCAAUAGUCCAUUGAAUCCGUUUUGCUAUGCGCUCGCUAAUCAACAGUUUAAGAAAACAUUCACGAGAAUCCUCAAGGGAGAUCUACACGUUACGUAAUCUCGUCUUUACAAUAAUAAAAUAACUGCUUUGGGCCUUGAAACAAAAGACACAUUAAGUCAAUAAUACAUUAUCCAGACAAUAAUAAAUUUCGUGGCAUAUUAGCUCAAUGAGAAAAAAUUGGGAUUGUUGCUAUUUCUUCUAAAUUUUGAUACCCAUUGGUUUUUACUUGCUUCCCUCUUUUUCGUGUCGAUAAUUGACGCAUACAAGUCCGUGCAAUCUCGUUAGGGUGCUUUUAGACUAAGCGAACUAUUAUUAAUUCAUGUUCAGCGUCACGCGUGGAGGUUUCUGUUAAAAAGAACCGACCGAACUGUUUUCGUUAUUGAUUUAAGAUUUCCUGUUUUUUUUUGCGUAUAAUACAGCAAAAUAAUCAAAUGAUGUCAUUACAAAAUAUGACAGAUGUAGGACAUCGCUUACUAGUAAGUAAUAAUGUAAAUAUAAUUAUCUUUGGCAAUAUUUUUUCAGGUUUCAAAUUAGAUUUUCAUGCGGUUCUCUCAUAUUUCAGAAAAUUUAGGACAGUAUGCAAUUAUCUGUCGUUUAAACUACGCUUAUUGUGCUUUCUUACUACCGUAGUCUAAACACACCUUCAUGUGUAAAGCAAUGGUACGGAUGAGUAGGUUUUUGGGAAGCAAGUAAAGAUUGUUGUUAACGAAACAAAAUCUCAAUUUUUUCUACAAAGAAAAAAGUAAUAUUAGUAAGCUUGUUGUUAGUAAAUUGUUGUACUUAUAACAUUAUUGUAGUAUCUACUUGACGUUAAUUGCUUCAAAAAUAGGAUUAAGUUUUCUUAAUUUCAUUGAUAGAAUGAUAUGAAUCUUCCUGAUUAUAUUCUGUACGAGCCCUAACAGAAUAAAGUCAGGAAAUGCAAAAAUCUAAAAACUACUUCUUGAUUUUGUACACAUUCCAAAAAUCUAUUGAAUACUCAUUCCGCAUUUUAAUUAAGUACUUUAAUUUCUGAGUGAUACAUUUGUGUGAUAUUUUUUUAUUUUAAUUGAUAUUUAUUAGGAGUACAGUAUAAUUAAUUUUUGUACUUUAAUAAAGUGCGACUAAAGUUUACAAAUUGAUGGCAGCUCUACUCUACUAUUUCAGUAGUUACAAAAAUGUUUCAAUGGGUUUGUACAGAUAAUAAUUGAUAUAAAAGUGACAUGUUUCUGCCUAUGCAUCAAAUAUUUUUUAAGCAGGAGCAUGUUACUUUUGGUAAAUAUUUUGAGCAUAUUUACUAAAAGGUGUUAAUUGUGCUAAAGUGCUACUUGGAGUGCUUCAGCGAAUCAAUGUGAUUACCGAUGACUCAACACUGAGUACUCAUCUUCUCUAACACUCUAUAGUAUCUGCAAAUGCAAAAUUUUGUAUUAAUAUAACUGAAAAUUCAUUGAUAUCUCUUAAUUGUAACGUUAUACAAUAAUUAUUGUGUGACCCAUACUCGAUGGAUUGAUUUUACUUUCGUUAUCGCGAAAUAGUUGAUUUAGGAAUGUAGAUAUAGCAAUGAAUAUUUAUUGAUAAAUAACAGAUUUUGAAACGUGAAAGUGGAAGAAUCAUUGUGAUUUUAUAUUUAUGGUUUUCAUAAAACAUUUGCCUAGUCAAUUCCAUUAGAUAUUUGAUUAUUUAAAAACGAUUACAUAAUAUUCAAUAAGUCUGUGAUUUAUUUACACCUAAGUAGAUUUAGUGUUUAUGGAGUACGUUUGUAAUUGUGUAUAGGUAGAUUAUUUAUUUAUUUAUUGACCCCCUCAACAAAUAGAUGACGUUUCAAAAAUAUCGUGUGUCAAUAACUACGUAGGUGUAUACCGUCAUACAUAUAAAACCAUAUCAACUUUUCUGAAUAAAAAUUCGCACACAUAUCCUAUCUACUAAUAAAUAAUAUAAAUAUUUAUUUUUUUUUAUUUGA